AGUUGUCAGUGUUUUUUCUCUCCGCUGCUAACUUGUAUCAGUUCGUGAAAUCAGUUCCGUCCCGUUUAGAACGUUUAGCCUCAACGACACAACCUCGAGAGAUACGCUGUUCGACAACAAAAUGGAAAAAUCCAAUUUGAAGCGAAAGGCAGCUGAGGCAAUUUGGUCAGUGGCUGGCAUAGAAUUGGCCCAAGUUGCUGGCGAGCGCGCAAAUAAACGUGAUCAGCGCUUGCAUCUGCAAAUGCAAUUGGAUAACAAUGAGCAACUGCAACUAAACGAAGAUGAGCCCAUCAUUUGUGCAUCCAAAGAGAAAAAAUUUAAACGCAACUCCAAAUCCAAGCCGGAGAUGAAGAUGGAGGAGAUGGAGAAGGAAAAAGAGAAGGAGAAGGAGGAAGAGAAGGAGAAGGAGGAAGAGAAGGAGAAUAAAAUGGAUAAAAAGAAGAAAAAGAAAUCCAAAUCCAAGCCGGAGAUGGUGAUGGAGAAGAAGGAGGAAGAAAAGGAGAAGGAGAAUGAGAAGGAGGAAGAGAAGGAGAAGAAAACGGAUAAGAAGAAGAAAACGAAAUCCAAAUCCAAGCCGGAGAUGGAGGAAGAGAAUGAGAAGGAGGAAGAGAAGGAGAAGGAGAAAGAGAAUGAGAAGGAGGAAGAGAAGGAGAAGAAAACGGAUAAGAAGAAGAAAAAGAAAUCCAAGCACAGCAAAAAGGAGGAACAAGCAGAGCUAAUGCAGAAGAGUAGCAAGCGAGAGACAGCUAAUGGACAGAAAGAAGGAGAGGAAGCAGAGUGUGAAGAUGAUGAUGAAAAAUUAGCAGCAGCAACUGGUGAAGCCAUCGCCAAAUGCCUCUCGCAUUUGUUCACCUUAAACAAAUCCAUCAGCAUGAACAUCAAUGUGGAUUUUAAGCUGCAGGACGAUUAAUAGCAACUAAACUAGACUUUACAGACGCAUAGACUUUAACAUUAAAUACAGGAACCGGAAGCUGAAGGGUGGAGGGUGCAGCACAAAACUAUGAAAAAUACUUGGGGGCAUGAAUUAAUUUAAACUUAAACUUACGAGCAGAAACACGAGCAUUAAAAUAAAUUGGGCAAAUCUUUUGGCCAACAGCGGAAACACAGCAAAGCAACAACAAACAAUGGACACUGUGCGGGGAGGUGUGUGUGGGUGAAAGGAUGUGAUGGACAAUUGGCUGAUAUUUCCAAUUUGAUUGGAGAACUUUACAGAGUGCAUAACAAACGAACAAAAUAAAUCGAACAAAACAAAAAACAAAAAAAAAACACGCUAAAAACGAACUCGCAACUUAAAACAGAAAAAAGACACACACACACACACACACACAAAUAACACAACUAACCAAAUCUGCUCGAAGUAAUUGUUUAAAAUACACUUUAUUGAAAAUAAAAAAAGAAUAUGCAAUUGGAAGUCAUAUUAAUAAAGACCUAGUCAAUCAAUAUCAAUCAGAAGCAACGAUUUACUAUAUGGGCAGGCAACAAGCUGAGCCAACCAACUAAUCAACACUUUGGAAAGGGUAUUUACGCGCA